UCAAAUUUAUAUUCUUCCAUUCAAGGGUCAAAGUUAAGGACGAGGAGCUUAUAUUUAAAAAUUUAUGUCAGGACCAGACACAAACUGUGCCUUUGUGGCCCGUUGACCCACACACAAUCACAUCUCUCAUUUCAGCAGUGACAGAACCACAACCAAGGGAAUCAUGUUGGACAAAUAUAGGGACAAUGACGAGCGAGGGGGAGAGAGAGAGAGAGAGAGAGACGGAUGCUUCUUUUACUUCAGGGCUAAAGAGGAGGGACUAAAGCCGAGCUGGAUAAUGUCCCCUGUGAGUUCAGGGAGAGCGGCAUAGCGCAACAUCUCCGCCGCUCAGUCCGGUCAGACUCCGCGCUGUCUCAAAAAAAUAUCUGCAGGGUCUCCUCACCCCUCUCAAAGAGCUCCCCACGAGGUUUCUCCACACUCCUCCUCUCUCUCUCCUUCUCUCCACCGUCUCUCUCCAGGCGCGCACCGAGCGUCGCUCCUCGCUUCUCUUUACGCGCGGACACUUUCUCCACAUUCCCACUUGUAUCCGCUGCGCGCCCGUUUAUCAUUUCAAUCCUCUGAGGACUCCCGAGCGUCAGCCACAAACCUCCGGGUUACUGUGCUUUCUCCUUUUAAAGGUUCAGUUCAUUAGUUAUUGUUUGUUUCUUUUGUGAUUCUGGCUCAUGGGGAUUUAGUGUCGUGACAUGCUUUCAGGACCCGGCGUCUCCACAAGGAAAUGGGACUCUCUGCAUUUAUGGUUACAUGAAUGUCAGCGCUGCAGGCCAGAUGCCGGUGAUGGAGGAGCUUGUCAGUGAGAGUGACAGCAUGCCAAAGCGGAUAGCCCUGAUCUGCUUUCUGUCUCUGGUCAUGCUGAUGAGCAUCCUGGGAAACCUGCUGGUCAUGGUGGCCGUCUGCAAGGACCGACAACUCAGGAAAAUCAAGACCAACUACUUCAUCGUGUCUUUGGCGUUUGCCGACUUGCUAGUAUCGGUGCUGGUGAUGCCUUUCGGUGCCAUCGAGCUGGUCCACCAGCACUGGAUCUACGGCGAAACCUUCUGCCUGGUCCGGACCUCAUUGGAUGUCCUGCUGACCACCGCGUCCAUACUGCACCUGUGCUGCAUCGCUCUGGACAGGUACUACGCUAUCUGCUGCCAGCCUCUGGUCUACCGGAACAAAAUGACGCCCAUGCGAGUGGCUCUGAUGAUCGGCGGCUGUUGGGUUAUUCCUACCUUCAUCUCUUUCCUGCCUAUAAUGCAGGGCUGGAACAGCAUCGGCAUCGACCACCUUAUUGAGGAGAGGCGCCACAGCGAGGGCAGUAACUCCACAUCCUGUGUCUUCAUGGUCAACAAGCCAUACGCCCUCACCUGCUCUGUGGUGGCCUUCUACAUCCCUCUGGUCCUUAUGGUGCUGGCCUACCAGAGGAUCUACGUCACAGCCCGUGCACACGCCCUGCAGAUCAGCAUGCUGCAGCGGGCGGGAGGAGCAGGUACUUCUGGCGCGGACUCCGCUGACCAUCAACGCAACCACCGCAUGCGAACAGAAACUAAAGCGGCGAAGACUCUGUGCAUCAUCAUGGGGUGUUUCUGCCUCUGCUGGGCGCCGUUCUUCGUCACCAACGUGGUGGACCCCUUUAUAGACUACACAGUGCCAGACCAGCUGUGGGCGGCCUGUCUUUGGUUAGGCUACAUCAACUCCAUGCUGAACCCUAUCCUCUACGCCUUCCUCAACAAGUCCUUCCGCCGUGCCUUCCUCAUCAUCCUGUGCUGUGGAAGGAAGAGGUACCGCAGGCCGUCCAUCCUGGGGGCCAACGCUCCUUGCACGGCCACGCAGAUCAACGGCUCCACACAUGUACUCAAGUAUUCUGUCCUUCACAACGGGAACCACACGGAGCAGGAGAAGAAGUCUCUGCACAACGAGUCCCACGAGUCCUGCUUGUGACCAACAAAGACUCCUCAAGUCACAUCUCCAACGACCUCGGCCCUCACACUGUCACCACAGAGUCGAUGGAAACACACCACAGAGCCACACAUCCGGAGCUGAAAUCCAACUGCAGAUGCUCCAGAAACCAGAGCCCUGAUGGGACAUUAGGAACCCAGGCGAGGAAUGUGACAUUAUAGGGGUGCAUCUGGUUUUUUCGAAGUUCAGCUGAAACUCAUCCUGUGGUCUUUGAAGGUGGCAGGGGACCCUCAUGGGCUGGAACAAAAACUAGUUCUCUGUCUUUUCUGAUGCUGUUUUUGUCACACUGGUUCUCCCGUCUGCAGGCCCGCAGAGACUGAGCUGUCCCAGUCGAACUGAAUCGGGAGCCAGAACGCGGCCGUGAUCCCAUCAGCAGGCCCGCUGGUAGCUUAUCUGUGAAGCUCAGCUUGUCUUGUGGAGAACCAGCAGCUUCUGUGGAAUGUGUAGGAGAAUUUCACAGCAUGAGAUGUGAUUAAUGACUGGGAGUCAUGGAAGUGAAUUAUGUUGCCAAAGCUAUUUGAUAUUACCUACAGAGGACCUGUUUCCAAUUAUUAUUAAGAUGCUCACUGUUGUUUUUCCAAAAUCAGAAUGAUUGGCGACAGAUCUUAGAAGGUUGUUGCAGAAUAAGCUGCCAAAAAUGAGCUUUUCAAAGUGUUAUUCCCGGCAGAGUCGAGAACAUUUCUUUUGACAUCACGUCGACGUCACGUGUCUCAGACACAAAGCUGGAGAACCUGUGUGUCUCCCAGGUCGAAGCUUUUCCAGCUUUGCUAAAUCCUCACUGAGCUGAAAGGAAAACGGUUCCAAAGCUGCGUUAAAUCCUUGACCUAAACUGUUGAAGUGCAUUAUUAUAGAGGCUGCUAGUUCACACUCCACGAGGCUUCAUCUGAAUCAUUGUUCUUUCACACAAUAAGAAGUUAGAGGACUGCAACGCAUACUCAUGAAUGAUUCAACAGGCAUUGGAGCAAUAUGUGCAAGGUUAUGGUGUGUGUGUGUGUGUGUGUGUGUAAGAGAGGGAGAGAUUAUAUUUGCAGGGUUUUGCAACCUAUGUUUGUCUGUAUGCAUGUUUCCAUGUGUGCCUCUGAGUGUCUAAAUAUGCCAACAUGUGUGAUGUAAGUAUGUAUAAAAACGGCCUUCUCCCGUCAUUCCACGCAUUAACACACCACUUAUUCCCUCCGUCCUUGCUCGCCUCGGAGGCCACGUUAAAGAAUGUACCGGAAGUGUUUCCAUUCAUUUAUAUUCAUGGAAAUAGAAAACACUAUAGCCAACUUGUUUACCUGUACCCUUGUCCCUUUUUCUGUCCUCAAACCUUUUUGUGUCCUCCAGCACUUGUAGCUUAGAUGUUAUUCAACAGAUCACUUCCCGGUCCCCAAACUGACGCACCAAACAGCAAAGAGAGAGUUAAUAACCAGCUGGUGAAAACAAUGGAACAUUUAGAAGCAGAUAAUUCGCUCAAGUGAUGGUGGAGACCAGACCAGAAAUAAGUGGACUUGUAUUCAUCAGGUGGAGAGAAACAGGAUUUUGUUUCUCUUCGUCUGCCCAACGUGCCACUGAUUUCUAACCCAUUAGCCAUAAAUGUAUAUAUUUUUUAAUAUGUCAGGGUUGCGUGUCUGUGGAGCUAUUCUGCUGCCAAGUGGUCGAAAGAUGAAGCUAAAGAAAAAAUCAAUUCAUCAAAAGCAUUAUUUCAAGUUUGACUUGAAGCUGUGGUUGGAAAUGUUAAGAUGUGAGAUAGACCCCAGAUUUCUGUUUUCCUCAUUUUUAGUUUGUGAUUUGAUGUUUCUGAUUGUCCUCUGAAGAUCGACUCAACCCAACUAUGUUUUUUUUUUCAAUUCUACGAAUACUGAAAUUUCACAUAAACGUGAAGCCCAAAGUGCUUCAAGAUUCAAGCAGUAAAGACAGAAAUAGAUGACAGCGAAGAAUUUUCCAAGAAGUUCUGCCAUGAAGAAACCAAUAAAAUAAAUAAACUCAAGAGGGAUAAAAGAACCAGUUUAUGAAAACCAAUGACCAGUUAUAUCAGUGAUAGACUUUGUGUUAAUAAUUAAAUGUUGCUACCCAUGUUUUUAUUUAUGAUACGCACAAUUUAGCAACAUCUUUUGCUCCAAAUUGAUUGCAUGUCAGUUUAGAGAUAAACCUCAGGACCAAUUAGCGUAAAGCUGUUUGUAUUUCGUUAAUCAAAAGUUAAAGAAAAUCCAAUGCCGACUAUGAAAUUCAAACAAACAAACAGUGAACGUCUCCCAGAGGCGAAAGCAGACACAGAAACAGAAGCAAACGUUCUAAAAAUGUUUGCAUAGAAGAAAAAAAACGGCACUCUCAAAUCAGUUAAUCAGAUGAAAAACACUGCUGAGCGCUAAUUCACUGGCACAAAGAAAAGCCAAAAAGCUCUUGACUAGAAUCACUGGGCAGACGAGUAAUUACAAAUCCCCGCGGAGACAAGCCCAUUGACCCAGUUUAACGAUUCAGAGGACAGAUCCAAUCCAGACUGAACCUCCAGAAAUGACACCAUCCCUCAUGUUACUCCAGAUACAUAAAUAUGAGCCUAUGACACGUCAGGCUGAUUCAGGCAGACUUCAUCUGCUAGAUACUAUAGUUCAGUGCCACGGUAGAGCUCACUUAAAUUGAUACCCUUUCCAAAAAAAUAUUAAGGGACCAUGUAUAAUAUUUAGCAUAAAUGGUGCCAGUUGAUGUAUUGUACCAUUUAAAUUGAACUCUCCCCAUUAAAUUUUUAAUGUCCUGUUUAUCAUGCUGAAGUGUGAUAUCCAUGAAUAUGAUAAAUCCAUGAAUCCAUAAGUUUUAAAUAAACAUUUGGGAUGGAGGAUCUCUUUUAAGCUCAUGGCGGUUCAGUGGUUUACCCAAAGACACUUCAGCUUGGUGAAUGGCGCCACAGUUCGAGCUUUCUAUAGUGGACAGAGUUCUGGUAACAUCUCACCAAGUUUGGUGCUACUGUAUUAGAAGGAGGAAGUCAAAGCUAAUUUAUUAAGUAAAACAUUGUUCAUUUGAUUUUGGUGCUUAUGAUCCUAGUUCCCCAGAUCCCCAGUUCACGGUGUUAUACUCAACUUUGCAAGCAUAAAAAACAAUGUCGAAAUCAUUCUCCCUCUACCCAUAAUCCAUUUUCAGUUUCAAGUCAUUUCUCCAAGCUGAUUCGGAUUCUUCCAAUCUUGGAAGAUUGGGGUUUUAUAGUAGUUUCAGUUUCUGAAUACUUAAAAGGCCAUGCAGACAUCAGCAAAGACAACCAGAAGCAUCUGUAUCUCAACACACAGCAGGCGAAGAAGUAAUUCAUGAAGAUGUUCUUAUACACUUUGUUAUAUGUAUGCUGAUUUUCUCGUUGGUUGUUUCAGUAUUGUUGAAUUUUCUGCAGUACAAAUGAGACAUCAAACCAUAGACAAAAUAGGAAAUGUUUCCUAUUCGCUGAUGAACAAGUACUUACAUUUCAUUGUUUGAAUUGUUUUUUUUUUGUUUUUGUUUCCAAAAAAUGGACUGAAACUGUGACCUCUUCCGUAAUUGAAGCACAAGCACUUUUUUGUGAUUUAAGGAAGGAUCAAUUGAGCGUUGUCAUCACAGUUAAGUUUUAGGGAUGUUCAGUAAUUCCUUGAGUUGAUAAUCCCUCCCAAAAACAACCUGUGGAUGUUUCUUUUUUUGUUGUUGUUUGUUUGUUUGUUUUUCUUUUGAAUUGCAUUUGAAUAUUAUUUAUUUUCCGAUAUAUGUUCAAUGUUCAGAAGAUAAUUAAGAUCUAGAUGACCUAUUUUAAUAUUAAACUGAUUGUGCAAAUUAUGCGUUAGGACCAGUUGCCUGUUGAUUUGUUCCCCCCAUUUGCAAAUCCUAAUUUGUCAAUGUUCAUUCUUUAAAAAAAAAAAUAAAUACAGUUAGAGAGAAAGUUUUGCAGUAUGUGAUGAAAACUUAAGACUGGAGAUUGUAAAACAAAACCUGUA